CUCCCAAGACCGGCUUGUUCCACGAAACUCAACUGCGUUGCACGGCACCACGAUACCAUGGUCUCAGUGAGGCACGAUAGCCAGGCCAGUUCAUCACCCUUACUUGCUUGUUUGCUUGUUUGUUUGCUCAACGCCCGUGCGUGCUCUCCGCUUCACUGACCUCCCUUUGGGGUACGGCGACCACCACUCCCUGCAGUGUCAGAAUACAGCUAUAAAUCUGAGCUUGCUGCGCUCGCAAUCACCAGACUACAAUCAAAUCAUUGGGGCAAGCACCCUAUCGGAAAAACACUAUCUCAUCGCUCGUCGAAAACCAUCCGCAUGCCCAGAAUGCAGAAACUCAUCGCGCUGGCUCUGCUCUCAGGCCACACGCCACUUUCCCUCGCCAGUAUUCUUCCAGCCCCUCGGGCCAACGACGCUCGCUCCUCGUCUGGCCCGUCGCCCGUCGAGACCAGCAAUCUCCCCUCCGGCUGGGCUUACACCGGUUGCUUCGUGGAUUCUGUCUCCAAUCGGGUCCUCAGCGGCGCCUACCAGCCCUCGCAAUUCUACUCGCGCGUCGAGACCUGCAUCUCCUUCUGCACCAGCCAAGGCCUCCCCGUCGCGGGCCUCGAGUACGGAGGCGAGUGCUAUUGCGCCACGCAGCUCCCCGAUACAGCCGUCUCUGAUAGCGAUGGCUGCACAAGCCCAUGCCGCGGCAACGCGACCCAGGCGUGUGGCGCGGGCAACCGACUGAGCGUGUACUCGGGACCGGGAAGCCUCGUGCCCCAGGUCAACCCAGGCGUGGGCGGCUUCGUCAGCGUCGGGUGCUACACGGAUCAAGUGAGCAAGCGGACGUUAGGGACCAUGGCGAGUGUCCCCGGAGGCGAGGACGCGAUGACCAAUGUGCUCUGCGCCGAGGCUUGUGCGGGGAAGACGUACUAUGGGCUCGAGUAUGGCGGGGAGUGCUACUGCGAUGACGAGAUACGAAAUGGUGCCGCGCUCGCCGCAGAUGGUGGCUGCAACAUGCCGUGCAAGGGCAACCGGACGGAGCUGUGUGGUGGUAGGGACCGGCUGAACUUGUACAGCAAGGCCCCUGACGCCACAGGCCCAACCACGACGGGAACCUCGACGUCGACUGGGACACUGACUGUCACGGUCCCGAACGGCGAGCCGACCACGACUUUGACCUCGACAUCGACUGGGACAACUACCGUGUUCACGACGCCGAGUUCGACCUUGUCAUCGACCUCUUCGUCCUCGUCAUCGACGUCUGUUGCACCGCCUGCCCCGCCGCCCAACAGAUGCCCUGCUGGCAAGCCAGUCAACCUGUGCUGCCGCGCCAUUGAGCCAUGGAAGACCAACUCGGCCAUCUGGGGCGGGAUGUGUGGAUACUACCCACCAGACGGUAACAUGUUGACUGGCGCUGUCUGCGCACCGAAACAAGCAGGGACCAGUUGUGCUAGCGGAACCAAGGAAGCAUGCUGUGCCGGGACCUGGGUAAGUGUUGAUGGCCCCCUUAACUGAACGCCGUGUUUGGGUUUAUAAGCUGACGUUCUCGACAUGGACAGCCGGGCCAAUGCUCGCUGGGGACAGACUGUGCAAGAGUCUCCUUGUUGUCCCUGUGACACAUGGCCAAUCAGACUUUUGUUCCGUAGCGCGUCCAGUGCUCUUUCCCUAGUCAAACUCUACCUACAUAUGAUAGAGGUCAUUGC